AUGGUACUCAAAGGAGAGAUUCUUUACAUCCUUACGCCCCGCAGUUACUUUCGAAGUCUUGAUUUGUCUGGACAAGACGGUUUCAAGGAUGUCUCCUACAUGGUUCCAAUGUAUCAGCCACUUCUCACUGAAAGACAGCAAGCAACUAAGAUCAUCUCAAAAAGCGUCAAGAUUGCUGUCACAAGAUCAGGAGAAGUUUUGAUGGUCGAUAUCCUUGUUUACGAGGACGCAACCUCUACAAGGCGUAGGAUCUUCCGUCUCUCCAAGAGGGAUCCUACUCUAGACCCGAAUCUCGACUUCAACCUUUCUGAGGUGGAUUCUCUAGGUGAUGAGGCCCUUUUUCUGGAUUCGGGUAUCAUCGUGCCUGCUGACCAAACCCUUGGUAUCNAGCCAAACUCCAUCUAUUUCACCCGUGAUGACCGUGUCCGCAGCAAUAAACAUACAUGCCUCGACAUCUGUGUGUACAAUCUUACAAGAAAGACCCUCAAACGCUUCGACAGUCUCUCCAACCCUCUGAUUGGAGCCAACCUCUUGAGCAUAUACGUAGGACGCAAGAAAUUUCAGCUACAGCAUAAAUACAAGAGAGUCCAUGCUAUUUAUUAUGCACAAGUGAACUACGCAACAACACAAAAUGUGGCCAUAGUCUUUGUCUUUACUAGGAUUCAGAAGAUUAUUCAAACUGAUGAGGAAGUCGGGAAAAUAGCACUUAUGUCAAACAAGAUGCAAGAACCUAGAAAUCAAUAG